ACGUUUUACAACAAUAAACACUCCCUUUCCUUAUAAAUUUGCAAAUCGGGAAUUGUUCCCAAAAAUUUGAAUAUUACCACUUCUCGAUUGUGUCCGAACUCCUCCGCUAAACAACCGUUAGACAAUCCCCGCGAAAUCCGCGCCAAAUCUCCACCAAUCAGGGUUUUUUCUAACGGUCAUCAUCAAUAGAUCUGCAUUUGUGGCACUGCAUCUGGUGUGAGUGUAUCGUGUGUUGAACAAGAAACAAAGAAUGGCUUCUGAAAAAUACUCAAUCAUCCAAAGCAACGGCCAGAGGAUCUACAAGCCGGCACCAUCCUCAGCGGCGCCUCCACCAAAAGGUAGCGAGAUCUUCGUGGGCAACAUCCCACGCGACCUCUUCGAAGACGAGCUCAUUCCACUGUUCUCCCAAGUGGCCCCCAUUUACAAGUUCAGACUUAUGAUGGACUUUACUGGGAACACCAGAGGCUUCGCUUUUGUUACUUAUUACAACGUGUGGGACGCUCAAAAGGCAGUUUUGAAAUUCAAUAAAUAUUGCAUUGCGAGUAACACGAGAAAGUCGCAAUUAACGGUCCAUCUUUCACUCGAUAACUGUCGUCUGUUCUUUGGUAAUGUGCCCAAAGAUAAAACUAGAGAUGAUAUUGAAAAUGAACUAAAGAAAUUUAUCGAUGGGAUUGUUAAAGUGAUUACUUAUCCGGAACGAAAUGCCCAUCAUUUUAAUCGAGGGUUUGCUUUUGUGGAGUUCCAAUCGCACGCCAUUGCAGCCAUUGCAAGAAGAAAGCUGUUGGCUGAUGGGGUGAUUAGACCAUGGGGAAGGAAGCUUUACGUUGAUUGGGCAGAACCGGAACCCAUGGUCGACCCAGACGUUAUGACGCAGGUGAAAGUUUUGUACAUGAAAAAUGUGCCCACCUUCUGGACGUUGGACCGUUUAAAAACCUACAUCUCGAAAACUGUCGGCGAAAUAUUUAUCGAAAGAAUUUACAAGAGGGAUAACUAUGCCUUCAUCCACUUUGAUGAAAGAUCAUUCGCAGAAAGGGCUUUAAAAAUUUUCGAUUCUGUUUCCCAAUAUCUGAGUUUCAACGGAAAACAAAUUGAAGUGGAGUGGGCGCGACCGUCCUGCUACAGCAAAAAAAAUAGGAUAAAUGAGGUCCCUGAUAAUUUCUGCACCUCUGUGCCUCCCAGACUUCGUAAACUCGUUCGACAAAGUAAGAAAGAAAAUAAAUUGGGUUCAACUGAUUCCAGUUCUUGCAGCAGCGAGAGCGAUAUUCUUAUGCAUGCCGACUUGAUUGAAACCGAAAACUUAGCGGCGCAGUUUGCACAACUCGCCCUUCGCCCAAAAUUUUAACGCUCUACUAAAAUUAGGUUUAUUUUUUAUUUUAGUAUCUCUUUUUUCAUGUAUUUUCAUUUUAAUUUAGUUUAUAGUCACAACAACAAAUCAUUCUAAUGUUUUGCUGUGUUUUAGAUGUUUUAGAACAGUUUUUAAAGUAAAUUAUUGUUUUAAAAUUA